AUAGUUUCAUUUUCACUUUUCUGUUUCGUUAAUCAAUCUAACCGCCAACAAGGGAAGCUCUCCAAUAAUAUAAAAGGAUCUCUCUCCUCUUUUCAAUCGCGAAGAUCAGACCGAAACUUUCUUUGCUUUUGCGCUCCGUAAGUGAAAAACUAUAGUAAUGGAGAAAGCGAUCAACAGGCAGCGAGUUCUUCUCGAUCAUCUACGUCCUUCAUCGUCUUCUUCGCACAAUUAUGAGUCCUCUCUUUCUGCAUCGGCUUGCUUGGCCGGAGACAGUGCCGCCUAUCAAAGGACUGCUGUGUUUGGGGAUGAUGUUGUGAUUGUGGCAGCUUAUAGAACUCCGUUAUGCAAGUCAAAGCGCGGUGGUUUCAAGGAUACCCAUGCUGAUGAUUUACUUGCUCCUGUUUUGAAGGCAUUGAUAGAGAAAACGAACUUGAACGCAAGUGAAGUAGGGGAUAUUGUUGUGGGCACAGUGUUGGCCCCAGGAUCUCAAAGAGCAAGUGAAUGUAGGAUGGCUGCAUUCUAUGCUGGUUUUCCUGAAACUGUGCCUGUUAGGACUGUUAACAGGCAAUGUUCGUCUGGGCUUCAGGCAGUUGCUGAUGUGGCAGCAGCUAUCAAAGCUGGGUUUUAUGACAUCGGCAUUGGAGCUGGUUUGGAAUCCAUGACAAUUAAUCAAAUGGCUUGGGAUGGAGAUGUGAAUCCAAAAGUAAAAAUCUUCGAGAAGGCUCAAAAUUGUCUUCUGCCCAUGGGUGUUACUUCAGAAAAUGUUGCCCAUCGUUUUGGAGUGACUAGACAGGAGCAGGAUCAGGCUGCUGUUGAGUCUCAUAGGAAGGCUGCUGCGGCUACCGCUACUGGCAAAUUCAAGGACGAAAUCAUCCCUGUGGCUACCAAGAUUGUGGACCCAAAAACUGGUGAUGAGAAACCUGUCACAAUCUCAGUUGAUGAUGGGAUUCGCCCUAACACAUCAUUGUCAGAUCUAGCAAAAUUGAAGCCUGUAUUUAAGAAAGAUGGAACAACCACUGCUGGGAAUUCUAGCCAAAUAACUGACGGUGCUGGGGCUGUGUUGCUCAUGAAAAGAAGCGUGGCAAUGCGUAAAGGGCUACCAAUCCUUGGUGUGUUCAGGACUUUUGCUGCAGUGGGUGUGGAUCCUGCUAUCAUGGGAGUUGGCCCAGCCGUUGCAAUUCCAGCUGCAGUGAAAUCUGCUGGUCUAGAACUUGGUGACAUUGAUCUUUUUGAGAUAAAUGAGGCAUUUGCUUCUCAGUUUGUUUAUUGCCGUAAGAAGUUGGAGCUUGAUUCAGAGAAGAUCAAUGUCAAUGGGGGCGCAAUGGCCAUUGGACAUCCUUUGGGUGCAACAGGUGCCCGAUGUGUAGCUACUCUAUUGCAUGAGAUGAAACGCCGGGGUAGAGAUUGUCGCUUCGGAGUGGUGUCAAUGUGCAUAGGCACAGGAAUGGGAGCAGCUGCUGUUUUUGAGAGGGGGGAUGGCUGUGAUGAGCUGUGUAAUGCCCGGAAAGCAGAAACUGAUAAGCUGUUAUCAAAGGAUGCUCUAUAGACAGAUGCCUUUUUUUCCCCCUUCGUAUUGUAGGACUUAUCAAUAAAUAUUACGGUGGGGUUACCAAUGGAACAGUGUAAUAACGUGGUUCUAUUUAUUUUUCCAAAGUAUUGAGUAAACCUGAAAUGCAGAAAUCAGAUUGGUUGUAUUUCAACAUACCAAUUUGUUUCUUUUA